AUGAAUAACAACACAUCUAGCCCUUUUUCUUCUUCUUCUGCUACUACCGCCGCUACCACUAUUUCCAACAAUGGUGGUGAAAAUAACGUGCCUACUUCUCCCACUAAUAUUAACGCUACUCCUAACAAUAGAUCACAUAAUGUAAGUAAUAAUGUGAAUAAUAACACAUUGCGUUUAAAAAGGUCAGCUAGUAUGCGUAAAUCGUUAUUAGUGCCAUUAAUAUCUCCAGGUAGAAGUUCCUCCUUCACCCAUCGCUAUAAUGAUACUAAUGCUAAUAACAGUAAUAAUAAUAAUAACAAUAGUAAUAAUAACAAUAGUAAUAAUAAUAAUAGUAAUAAUAAAACUUCACCUUCUCGCAACAGCAAAAAGAUCAGAAAUAGUGUUUCAAUGUCGAACUUGCAUGGUAUUGCCAAUGCUCACAAUAACAGUACGGCGACCAAUAUAUAUUCCACACCAAAGUACCACUAUAGUACCAAUACUACUACUACUAAUAAUAAUUUUAACGAUUCUGUUGCUACUAAUAAUGUUUCUCAUAAUGUUAAUGGUAAUGAAAUAUCACCUACUUUAUACAAGAGCGGUAAUAUUCAUAAUAACAGUACACCUACCGUUAAUAAUAACUUUAUUAACAAAAAUAAAAAUAGAAGUAGAAGUAGUAGUUUAAUUAUAACAGCUUCAUCACCCCCACAACAACAUAUACAAAUGCACAAUACAUUUGCUCAUAAUAGUAACGCUGCUAACAUACAACGUAUUCCUAGCAACAAAAGGCACCUAAAUAAUAAAAUAGUUGGUGGUAAUGCUGCACACGCUUCUAAUUCUACUGUUCCAUAUUAUUCAAAUAACAGCAGCAAUAUUCCUGCUGAAGAUCCACCUGCCGCAGAUAACACGACUUCUGCAGAUAAUAGCAAUUAUAUAGAUGACGCCAAUGAAACAACCACACAAAUAUUUACUCUAUUAGCAAAUAAAGAGUUGGAGAUUUUAGAAAUCAAAAAAAAAAUUGAAGACUUAAAAAGGACUUUACACUUACAGGAAAUCCAAUUGAACAAAGGGUAUAGAGAUUUAGAAAUUUUAAAGAGGAAAGCCAGCGUAGAGCUUUUUAAGCAACAUGGAAGUACAACAACAACUAAUAAUAAUAAUAAUAAUAAUAAUAAUAAUAAUAAUAAUAAUAAUACUGCCAACACUUCCACUAUGAGUAUCGACCCUAAUACCAGUGUUGAUUCGCAGAAUACAAUGAAUACAGUGCCAUCCAUUAACAUCCAAAAAAAUAAACACAAUAUUAAAGCUACCAAUGGCAAAUUCUCAAGAACGUUGAAUGGUGCCAAUAAAUUGGACUUUCAUAGCUCUGGGAAUGGUGCAUCUAAUGUCGGUGCUAAUACAACAUUCCCUAGUAGGAAAUUUAGUUCUACCUCAUCAAUUGAGGAAAAGUCUGAAGAGGAUAAUGGUAAUCAACUAUAUAAUGAUGAUAAUAAUAAUAAUACUAGUAAUAAUACGGGCCGUAGCAGAAUGUCUUUAUACUUUAACAAAGGUAUUAAUUUAAUCAACCAAUUUGAUCAAAUGCUACAAAACGAAUUAGAGAAAAAAAUUGCAUGGGAGGAUUCAAUAUCACAAGAAGAUGUAAUACCGCAACCGAAUGAAGAAAAACAACAGGAGCAUGUUAACAACCAAAAUCCCGCAACUAAUACUGAUUCUCCCUCUAUAUGGAGUAAUUUCUUGAAUGAUAUGAAAGCUGGGUUAAUUACUACAUUAGACGGGAAUGCUAAUGAUAGCAUUAUAAAUGGUAAUAAUAAUAAAAAUGAUAAUUGUGUUGAUGAUGCUAUAGAAUUAAUUGACUUACAUAAUGAUAUUAGUAUCAGUAGUAUUAACAGUACUUCGUCCCAGCCGGCUAUUAAUUCCGGUACUAAUUCCGAUAAUGCUAAUAACAAUUCAAGCAGAAUUGUGACUACAGCCACAACUACCAGUAAGAACAAAAUAAAAAGAAGCAAUACUAUUAAUCCAACUACUUCUGCCUCUACCAAGAAAGAUGGAGGUAGCUACAAAUAUUUUUCGGAUAUAUAA